AUGACCGUAGAUUACUCCAUUAUCACUACUACCUGUAUAAAGGGGCUUCAGUCGGCCCUCAGCCAAGAGCUCAUCACCGAGCCUCCUUACGCUAUCCAUAGCAUACAACAACGCGAGAGCGAGACCAUGUCAAAGGGGGAUCCUUUGGACUAUGCUUACGUAAAGAUGACAUUAGUAGACAAUUCUGAGGA